AUGCUGCUCCUGCUCGCCGCGAUGGGCACGGCUGCCUCUCCGGAUUCCGAACUCGACCUGUUCCGUCGAGCCGCUCCCCUGCUGUCUCAGAAGCGCAAGGGCGGCUGGAACGCUGAGGAGAAGUGGUCAGCUCUAUGCUUCUCGUGGCUGAGUGACGCCGGCGAGAACGCAAGCCUCAGCGACGGUCCCCUUGCCCAUAAGAAGAAGAAGACGGUACAGAAACAGAUCGAGAGGUGGAAGGCCGAUGAAAGGUUCGCGGACACGAUGUCGCUGAUGGUCGAUACACCGCCGAGCGAACGGCCGAGUCUCAUUGCUCAGAUCCGGAAGGUGAGCACCUCCGAAGGUCGACGUGCACUGGAGCAGGAGGCAAACGACGAGCCGAACGGCGCGGGUAAUUGCAGUGUGGACGACGCGGCGAUGCCGCUCACCGCCAAGCACGAGAAGGCGCGUGUCCGAGCUCUCGUCUACGGAUUGCACAGCAUGACGGAAAGCCGGCGAGACUGGACUGUCGAAGCUGACCUCGCGAUCCUCGUCAAGGUCAACGGCAGUGAUGGAGACGUGCGAUCUGCUGUGGAAUCACUGCCGUGCAAGGAGCAUUUCCGCUACUACACGCUACUGCGUCUUCUGCCUCCCGACCUCUGCAACGAGUUCUUUCCGACGAAACAACUUCCAUCCGAUGCGCUGCCGCCUCGAGUCCUCAUGGGCAGGAGCCUUCUGGGCAAGCCCGUGAUGCGUCUGCCAUACGAGGGCAGCGCAUUCAUCGAGGCGGACGACGGCAGCGGCAACCUGCCUGAAUACGCCGACAUAUCUCUCAUCUCCGAAACCAAGGCCGCCAUCUCUAUUCCGUUCGAGUGGCCGCUCUGCAUCGAUCCGACGCACAUCAUCACGAGCGACGGAUCACAGGUCAUCUCUCCCUAUGCAGUCGAUGAUGUGACGCGGGACACGCGUCUAUCCGAGCUGCAAAAGGACAUCUCCGUCUUCGCAUCUCGGCGUCUCCACCGCCGGGUCAGCUCUGUCGUGCUCUUCGAAGAGUGCGGCCAGUCCGACCACGAACCUGCCGUGACGCCGUGGUGCGACCCGAGCGCGACUGCCAGAGAGGUCGAUCUCUUCAACGUCGCGGCGGGGGACCGGCUGCGUGUCUACAUCGUAGUCGAUUCACUCGCCGCCGUCCCUGAAGACGAGCCAUUCUGUCCGAUCCAAGAGCCCUCGUACGUGACGGCGCCGGAACCAUACGCGGAAGGAGCCGUUCGGAGGGAGCUGGACGCACUCAGCGUAAACGACAGGGGAAGGCCGCCAAAGCGUGCCCCGCGCUGGGACCGCGGAUUUUAA